GAUUUGCGACGAGCAAAACAAGCAAAUUAAUCGAUGAGCUUAUAUAAACUCUUAUAUAAUUCUUGAAAACUUUUUGAACAGAAAGUACAUUAUGAGUCAUAGCGCUGCUGCGUACGAUCAGUCGUCUAUUACUGUCCGAGCCAGCAGUAUCGUCAGAGUUCUUCAGUCGAUCACAUCUCAUCAAACGUUUACAAAGAUAAAGAGUUUCGAACAACAUUUGCCAUGGAAUAUUGGUCGAUAGUGAUAUCAAUAGUGAUCGGUGUGUUCAGCAUUCAUUAUCUUUUUAGACAUUUUAAUUUCUUUAAAAGAAAUGGUAUUAUACAUGUACCGUCUAUUCCAAUACUUGGAUCCAUGACAUCGGUUAUGUUUCGUCGAAUAACAAUCUUCGAUUUUGUCCUCAAGAUAUACGAUUUCUAUUCAGACGCAAAGUAUUUUGGAUUCUAUUUUACGACAACACCAAUCUUUUUUCUUCGCGAUCCGGAACUCAUCAAGUCAAUUCUUGUUAAGAAUUUCGAGGCAUUUCCAGAUCGUCGUGGCUUCUCCGACUUGAAUGAUCCUUUAUUUGAAAAAAAUUUGUUUUCACUUCGCGGAGAAAAAUGGCGGAACGUGAGAACUAUGUUGAGUCCAUCUUUCACGUCCAGCAAAAUGAAAAUGAUGUUUACAUUGAUGUCGAAUUGUGCUGAAAAUUUUGCUAAAUUUCUAUCGACAGAGAAUAAAGGUGAGAUCGAUAUGAAAGACGCCUUCUCUAAAUAUACGACCGACGUAAUCGCCACAUGUGCCUUUGGAAUCGAAAUCGAUUCUAUGAAAGAUCCGACAAACACUUUCUACGUCUUUGGCCAGGAAACGACUAAAUUCUUAAAAGGAAAGGCCGAUUACAAGUUUAUAUUGUUCAAUGUUGCUCCGCGUCUUGCGAAACUUCUUAAUAUAAAGCUUAUAGACGAUUACGUAUCGAAAUACUUUAACGAUAUUAUAAGGUCUACAAUCGCUACUCGUGAUGCGAAGAACAUUACACGCCCGGAUAUGCUGCAAUUAAUGAUGAAUACCAGAGGCAAGGAAGAUGGCAAAGAACUGGACAUCGACGAUAUGACUGCACAAGCGUUCGUCUUCUUUCUCGGUGGUUUCGAAACCACCUCGACCGUGAUGUGCUUCGCUGCUCAUGAAAUAGCAGCCAACCCAGAAGUUCAAACCAAAUUGCAACAAGAGAUCGACAGGGUUUUGGAAGAUUCGAACGGAGAAGUGUCUUAUGAAGCUAUUAACCGGCUCGAGUAUUUAGAUGCGGUAAUAAAUGAGGCUCUCAGAUUACAUCCACCGGUUGUCGCCUUAGAAAGGAUAUGCGACAAACCUUAUGAAUUUCCACCAGCAUUACCAGGAGGAAAACCAUUUGUUAUGAAGAAGGGUGCGCUUCUUUGGAUUCCGGUUUAUGCAAUACAACGUGAUAAAAAGUACUACGACAAUCCGGAGAAAUUUUAUCCGGAUAGAUUUUUAGAUAACAAUACGUACCAUAAUUCCCCGUGUUACUUGCCAUUCGGUUUAGGACCAAGAAUGUGUAUAGCUAAUAGGUUUGGCUUGUUAGAAGUUAAAGUCCUGCUGUUUUACUUACUAGCGCGAUGUGAGCUGAAACCUAACGCGAAAACUCCAUCCCCAAUAAAACUUCGCAAAAGUUUCACAAUGAUACCGGAAAAUGGAUUCUGGUUGAAUAUUCAGCCUAGAAAAUGUGUGCAUCCUGUUUCAAAGUCUGCAAUAGUGAUUUAAAUCUGAGAAUACAUUUCAAAUUAUACUAUAGUGGCUAAAUCUAAGAAAACGCUUUAAAUUUUAAUAAUGAAAAGUUAUGUUUGUAAUAUUGUAAAAUUACUAUUACGUCGUUUUAUAUCAAUAUAUCAUUGUAUCAUUGUAUUAAGCUUUGAUGAAAAAUUUUGAUUUUUUAUAUUAUAUUUUGUGAAUUUUAAUAAUUGAUUAUUGUUAGAAGUGUUAAAAUGUUAUGAAAGUAAAAUUGAGACUGUUUGUGACAAAUCCCAUUUAUGUGAGCGAAUCUACUUUCACCGUGCCGCAUUUUUUAAUUUAUUGAUAUACAGGUAUAUAGUAAAUAUAGUAAAGAUUUUUGUAACAAAAAGAGUAAUAAUGAAAUUAAAUGUAUAGAGUCUG